AUGAAUUCCGAUGAAAUGGAGAAAUUACAACCAAUGUUCAAUCGUAUUACUAGACUUUCACAAAGUAUCAUUUUACUUUAUGAGCAGAGCCAUCAACUCAAAGAGCCAUUCCAAUUAAAUUUCUUUAAAAGAUGGAACUACUUUAGAAUUCACUUCUUGAUCCAACCCUUGAACUCAAUUCAUUAGAUUAUGAUCAACUUACAUUUGAUGAAUUAAAUUAAUUAUUCAAACUUAAUAAGGAAUCCAAAAUUGAAUUGCUUAUAAGUUUAUUCAAUCUAUUCUUCAAACAAAAGAAAGUGGUUGGUGAAAUUGAUAUUUUGGGUAAAAGUACCAUUUUAUGGUCAAGGAAAAAGAUUGAAAUUGAUUUAGACAUAAGAGAAUUGAUAAUUCAUCGAUAAAAUCCAAAGGAAAAACCUUAUAUAAUAGAUUUGACAGAAUUUCUAAUUAAUUACCGAGGCUAUUUAAGAGGCAGAUAUUAAUAUGAAUUAUUAUGUCGAGAUCCAAAUGCUUAGAUUAAAGAUAUCAUAAUAGGGAGUGAGGACAAGGAUGAAAUAAAUAAAUGGAUUGAAUAUUUCUAAAUUUGUUGCAAAUAAGAAAAUGUGGAACGAUCUAAAACAAUUAUCACAAAAAAUGAAUAAGAAAAUGAAAUAAAGAAUUUAGAUACUAGAGAUAGAUAUCGCACAGCAACAAUUAAAAAAAAGUAAGCUGAUGACACUAAUAUUACCAAAUAAAAAAGUUAACCUAAAUUAUAAUAGUAAUAUAUAGAACAUGAAGCUAUAAUAAUAGAAGAACAUAUAAUACAAGAAAAUUUACCAAUUGUUUUUGAGAAUCUAAAAGAGAAAUUAAAUCUAGAAUUUUUGAUGGAUGAUCAUGAUUUUUCUCUCAUUUCAUUUGAACAUUGUGCUAGAAUCAUGCAAUCAAAAUUAAAUAAAAAUAAUUUUAGAGUCUAUGUAUCCUUACCCAAAACAUCUCUUGAAAUAUUAAUUACUUCUCUUUAUGAUCCUUAUUCCUUAAUGAAAUGGAACAAACAAAUUAAAAAUCAAUCAAUUAUACUUUAAGCUACUCCAUUUCUUGCUUAAAUAGAAGAAAUCAGAGAACCUUUAAGUUUCAUUUAUCAACCUAGAUCUUUCAAACUUUUAAGAUAUAUCUAUCCAUCCAAAGAUUCCUUUUUCAUUAUAGAAAAAUCAUAUGAAAGUCAUGAAAAUGAUGGAAAUAUUGAAUGGAAUAUAAUUGGAAUUUUUAUGUAAGAUCUUUAAAGUAAAAUUAUGAUUGUUGACACACUUGUCUAUAAUAAAGGUUAUAUUACAUAACAUUAGGAUUAAUAACUAAUAUUAAAUUAUGUUUAACAAUAUCAAAAUUAUAAAUAAUAUUUAAAAGAAGAAAAUAAAAAGUAAUAGAUAGGUAAUGUUAAUUUACCAAUAUUUGUAAGUGAAGCCAUGAGUUUAAUCAAUAGAUAUGAAUAACUUAAAAAUAAAUAAACUAAAAGAACAUUUAAAACUUAAGUUAUUAGAUCUGCUUAUCAAGAUUAAACUAUUUCUCCAAAUUUAUCUUCUUAAAUGAGCCAAUUUAAUGAUAAUUUUUCUUUAGAUGGAGACAAUUAACAUAGAGAUUCUUUUCUUAAAGAGGAUAUUCGAUCAGAAUAAUAAAGAAUAGCAAUAAAUCUAAAAAAUGACAAUAUAUAAUAAUUUUAUCAAAUCUCCAAAUAUACAAAAGAGUCAUUACAAUAAUUUUUAUGCGAUAGACUUUUAGAUAUUGAAUAAUAAGUACAUCAUCUUUCAUAAAUUCAUUUCUAUUAAACUAAACCAUAACAAAAUAUUUAAUUAGUAAGAUAUGAGAAAGAUAAUGAUGGAUAACAUUUUUUUUAUAAAUCAGAUUGGAUAUAUGAUGGUUAAAAAGGCUAUUUAAAAUUUAUAAAUUAAGACAAAUUAGCUUAAUAAAAGAAGGUUUUGUAUUAUAUCUUAUAAAAAAUUGGACAAAGUCUAUUAAGGACAAGUAUACUUCAUAUUUCACUUCCUGUUCACAUAUUUGAAAGAAGAACUAAUCUAUAAAGAUUAGCAAGUUCUUUCUCUUAUGCUCCUCAUUUCUUAGAACCUGUAGUUAAUAGUACUCCACUUGAUUAAAUGAAAGCUGUAUUAGCCUUCAUUGUAUCUAUAAAUAUAUUGUAUCUUUCUUUAGAAAAACCUUUCAAUCCUAUUCUUGGUGAAACCUUUUAAUGUUGGAUUAAAGGUUGUCCAAUCUAUUUAGAAUAAAUUAGUCAUCAUCCACCUAUUGCUGGUUUUAUGAUGUAUGGAUAGGGAUACAAUAUUAAUGGACAUUUUGAAACUUAAGCCACUUUAGGUUUGAAUUCAAUUACAGGUUGUAAUUUUGGUAAAGUAAAUUUGGAAUUUGUAAAUGGUACAAAGAUAGAAUUCAAUAAUUGUAAAGGUUAUUUGAGUGGUAUAACAAUUGGAGAUAGAAUUUUUUAUUUGGAAGGUCCUAUUUAUUGUAUAGAUUAUGUAAACGAAUAUUUAGGGGAAUUGUACUUUAAUCCUCCUUGUGGAUUAUUUGGGAAAAAAAUGCCAUUAGAUUAUUUUCAAGGUUCAAUUUAUAAAGUAGAUGAAAAAGAAAUAUCAAGAUGGAAAAAAUUAGGAUAUAAGAAAUAUUAAGGACUUUAAGGUUCUGCUUAAAAAUAUCCAGCUUUAAGUAAAAUUGAUGGAUUGUAAUUAUAAUAUUGAUUAAAAAUAGUUGGUAAUCAGAAGGUAAAAAUUUUAAUGUUGAUGAAAGAAAUACUUUUAAUAUAAUGACAGAAUUUCCUUUUGAAGUUUAUCCAGAGUAGUAUCCACUAGCUUCUGAUUCAUAAAAUAGAUUAGAUUUAGUAGCUUGGUAACUUAAUGAUUUUGAAUUAACAAUGAAACAUAAAGUAUUUUAAAUAAAAUUAACAUAUUUAGGAAUAUUUAGAAAAUUAAUAAAGAAGAGAUAGAUAAUUAAGAAAAAAGAAAUGA